CUUAGGACGCGACUCCCGCCUGGCCAGAUGCACCGAGAUCUGAAUUUCUCAGCGCGCGAUGCCAGCGGCGCCCAUGGCCACCAACAACAAGCCGUCGUCCGCAGAGAAGCGGAAACUCCCAACGAACGGCAGCACAAUGACGACCGAGCUCCAGCACGAAGCCUCCAAGCGCGCCAAGACCGAGACUGCGGCCCCCGUCGCGUCUGGCCUCUGGGUGCAGCGCACCGUUGCGAUCGGCCAGAAGGACAAGCCAGCGGCGCGCGACUCGCCCGCCACGAACGGUCUCUGGGUCAAGCAAAGCAUUGCAUUCGCGUUCUAAUUCAAAUAGCACGUUGCAUUGAACUAAGUA